AUGUCGUCACGAAUGCCAGGCCCAGGAACAAGAAAAGACCGCUCGCGCUCCCCAACAUCCAGGCGUCCUGCCCGCGACAACAGAGAAUGGCGCGACCGACAGGACAAUCGGAGCCGGAACGAGGAUCGACAGCCAACUCGGAACAUGCGCGACCAGAUGCGUAUCAAUCAGCUGCAAGAAGACGAGCAGGUACGGGAAUGGGUGGCGCAGGAAGAUGUCUUUGUGUUAAAACAGGCCAAAAAGAAGGCGGAGAUUCGAGUGAAGGAUGGUCGCGCAAAGCCGAUCGACUGGCUGACUGUGACGCUUCGUGUGAUCGAUCCUACACGUGACCCGCUAGAUGACGAGAUUGCGGACUCGGAGCUUGACGUGGUGGAUCCUGAUGGGGUGUUCGAAGGGUUGUCGCAGCCUCAGCUGCAAGAACUAGAACAUGAUAUCGAGACGUUUGUCAAGUUAGAGACGAAUGCACGAAAUCGGGAUUACUGGCAGACUAUGAAAGUUAUCUGUCGAGACCGUUUGAAAACCAAUGCAUCGGAGGGUCGUGCCCUGAAUUCUGUCGCCGCAGAUAUCAAUCGACUACUGAGCCCCAAAACAUACGAACAACUACAAACCUUAGAGGUACAAGUGAAGCGAAAGUUAAACUCGAACGAACCUAUCGACACAGAUUACUGGGAGGAGUUGCUACGCAGCUUGACUGUCUGGAAAGCUCGGGCAAGAUUGAGAAAUGUAUAUCAGGCCGUCAUCGACGAGCGUGUCCGUGAGUUGAGGAAGCAGCAGAAGAAGGAGGCUGAGUCAAUUCGGGAGAAGCUGGCACCUCUUGCACCAGUGGCGACUGAGAAUGAAAACCAAAUAGACUCGGCCGAGUUUACGGGACUGGAUCCUGACCCAUUACUUCAAGUGCGCGCAGAAGACAAAGGUCUCGAAAUCAUGGAUGAGUCUUUGUUUCUUCGACACGUGGCCCGCGAGCGUCAGAAGAUUAUUCGCAUGGGAUUUGUUCCUCUCCGACAGCGAUCGGCCGAAAAGCCGACUACGGCUAUCGUCAACCCCGAGUCAUCUAGCUCGGCUGCUCCUGCUGUAUCCAGUCGCUUCUCGUCACUCCCCAAUGACGAUUUUUCACAAGCAACCAAAGCGUUAUACGAACGGGAACUGGCGAAAGGAGUUAGUGAAAACGAGGAGAUAUUUACUGGUGAAGAGGCCGUGAGCACAGCGGCACAGCCUCAAUGGGCGAGCAAGUACCGGCCUCGAAAGCCUCGGUACUUCAACCGCGUUCAGAUGGGCUACGAAUGGAACAAGUACAACCAGACCCAUUACGACCAUGAAAACCCACCUCCCAAGGUCGUACAGGGUUACAAGUUCAACAUCUUCUAUCCUGAUCUUAUCGACAAGACCAAAGCGCCGACGUAUCGGAUUGAGCGGGAAAAUGGUCGCAAGCGGGGUCAAUCAUUCGCCGAGGCUGGCGAGGAAGACACCUGUUUGAUACGAUUCAUGGCCGGCCCCCCUUACGAGGACAUCGCCUUUCGAAUUGUCGACAAGGAAUGGGACUAUAGUGCGAAGCGCGAGCGUGGCUUUAAAAGCACAUUCGACAAGGGUAUCCUACAACUUCACUUCCAAUUCAAGAGAAUUUAUUACCGGAAGUAA